UAGAUGCAAGUUGAAGGCGACUGCUUGCGAACGUAGGUGGACCGACUUGCCUGCGAUUUGGCCGCGCAACUUUUGCCUUCUAAGUUCAUUCGACCAAAGGGCAAUGACAUUCACUGUCAGAGCAGCUUUUACGAAAAGCAGGAGUGUGUGGCUUCCGGGACUUAGUGCUGUGAGGACCAUGUCUUCGGGGGACCCAACUCCCGCUUACACCACUCUGUCUGUCAGUCAACCUGCCACCUCUAUCACACACGUAGAGCUGCAUCGGCCAGAGAAACGCAAUGCCAUGAACAAAGCCUUCUGGAGCGAAAUGGUGGAGUGUUUCACACAGAUAUCUGGGGAUCCUGAGUGCCGGGUGGUGGUCGUCUCAGGCGCUGGGAAAGUCUUUACAGCUGGCAUUGACUUGAUGGACAUGGCCAGUGUCUUCCAACAUGAAGGGGGCGACGUAGCCAGAAAUGCCUGGAACAUGAGACGCAUCAUCGCAAAGUACCAGGAAUCUUUCACAGUCAUUGAAAGGUGCCCCAAGCCUGUGGUUGUGGCGGUACAUGGAGCGUGUAUUGGAGGAGGUGUGGAUCUGAUCACAGCCUGUGAUAUCCGGCUCUGUACUCAGGAUGCAUGGUUUCAAGUGAAGGAAGUGGAUAUUGGCCUGGCAGCCGAUGUCGGAACGCUACAGCGCCUGCCUAAAGUAAUUGGAAGCCGCAGCCUGGUGAAUGAGUUGGCCCUGACGGCGAGAAAGAUGUACGCCGACGAGGCUAAGGACAGUGGAUUAGUCAGUCACGUUUUUCCAGACAAGGAGGCGAUGAUGGCUGGAGCUCUGGAGAUGGCCCGGGAGAUAGCAGGUCGCAGUCCCGUGGCUGUUCAGGGAACAAAGGUCAAUCUGAUCUACUCCCGAGAUCACAGUGUGGCAGAGGGCCUUGACUACAUGGCCACGUGGAACAUGAGCAUGCUGCAGUCAGAGGACAUCGUGAAGUCAGCUGUGGCAUCCAUGGAGAAGAAGAGCCCUGAAACAAUUACUUUCUCCAAGCUUUGAUUCCCAGCGUCAUUAAGGUGCUGAAAUGCAGCUCAACUGACCUAAAACCAUGGUGGAGAGGUUUGGAUGGAAAGGGCAGUGAGGAAAGUUACAGCUGGUAUUAAUUCCUCGCCGGACUUGAGCAGAUGCAUGUCUCUGUGAUUCGGCCUGAAUCCCUCAGGUGAGCUAGGGGCAUCUGUCGCAAACUCUGUGCAAGGGUCAGGCUUGCGUUAUCCAACUGCGUCAUGAAAAUAUGCUUGUAAUAAAACAUUGGCUGAGACAAA